CUAAAGUGAAAGUGAAAGCAGUUCCAGCUCACAUCGAGAAGAAACCCUUAUUUUCACAUUAAUUUCUGAAAUGAACUGCAGGAUUUUCACCGAGGCUGAAAUAUAAGCACAGACAAUUCUCACUCCCUGAAAAGAGGCGAGUAAAAUAAAGGUUCAAAACACAGGAGGAAGAAAAUGGCUGAAUCUUCAUCACCAGCAAAAGACAGAAGAAGGAGCAGCAUGGAUCACCCACGUUCAUCAUAUUCGUGCAUGCGUGUUAACGUCAAAGGCGCGUGCUCAACUCCAGUAGAAAUGCAGUGCGCAUGUGCAUUUUCUCAUCCACCUGCGGUCCGCGUGAGAAGAGUUUGAUAAAUCCUUCUAAAUGUAGCUGUGCCUUCUGACUUAACUUCGAAUUCGUCGGUUGGAUUUCUUCACGUUUUUGUUUGGUUUGGCAGUCUGGCCUGUCAUAGUCUGUCCAUAUUCCUGUCUGGCUGACAUCCUCAUCUGACUGGUGAACGUAAAUUAUCAUCAUCGGGAGAGACUUGCUUCGAUUAAAAUAUGCAGAUGCCAAUGAUGUUGAGGGUUGUUGUUGAUGAGGGAGACUACCGUAGGCUUGAACUAGACCCAGUGCCAACAAAUCUGACCAAGCUGUAUGACACAAUUCGACAAGCAUUUGGGAUAUCUAGAGAUUUUCGUAUUCAAUUCAAGGACCCAGUGUUCAACGAUGAAUAUAUGAACAUUACUUCAAUAAUGGACCUACAGGACAGAAGUACAAUUAAGUUGGUCUAUAUUGGUGAUGUGUCCACUGCCUCAUGGUCUACAGGUCCCUCAACACACAAUGUGCCCUCUACGUCAUGGUCUCCAGUAGAACGAAGCAGUAGCCAAAGCGCUGCUAGUGUGUCCUCACAGUCAUCAGACACAGAUGACACGGUAAUCCUAUCUCAUUCAGACUCAGAACUGAGAGAAUGUCCAUGGCCACGUGAAUUCCCUAUUCCGCGGUUUCCUUACAAUGUGGAGUUACAGCUUCAACGCGGAAAUGAGUGCUUCAGAGAAACUGGAUCUCUGCUGAAUAUUACUCCAGGCCUCAAGACUGACAUCAUGGAGAAGCUAGCUGAGGAGAUUUUUAGUUACACUGCAUACCCAAGAAAUAACCAAUUUGACGAUGUAGCAGCAGCACUCGUAAAAAAAUUCCCCUGUUUGAAAGAUCAUUCUGCUUGUGGAUACUACGCCUGGAUGAUUAGCCUCAAAUAUAAGAUGGCAAAUCACAGAACAAAAAUGAGAGCGAUUGGCUGUCCAGAAGUGACAAUAAAUUCUCUCAAAAACAAGUCUAAGGAUGACUGUCUCCCAGCCAAAAACGUGAAGAAGGCCAGGAAGGCUGAAGUAAACUACUGUCCCUCAAACCCUGCUGGUGAAACUGAUGAAAGCCUAGAAAAGCUCCGAGUUGAACUGCUCAAUGAUGUUGAGCAAAGGGACCGUACACAGCUGGUGAAAGAGAAGAUGUCCAGAACCUUCGCUUUCAGAAGAAAGGAGGUGGUACACGGAACUCCAUCUGCUGCUGAGUUCAAAGCCAGGUGGCCUGCACUUUUCUGUGCUGGUGAGUUGCAGGCAGAGUUCCAACGCAUCACAACAUUGCCACUCAUGUCUACUUUCAUGGCAAAGCUGGACAGCUGUCUACCUCAGCUGACUUCUGUACUCCGCAAAAAGGGAGGCAUUCCUGGCCAGAAACUAGCCAAACAUGUGACAGUCUUGACGGAGACUACCAGUCCCAUUAGUCAGAAGAGGUCAGCUGCCUUGAAGUCAUUAUGCAUCUACUUGGGCGAGAAAGAUGAAGAUCUCAUCCGGGAGUAUAUGGACAUCCAAGGACUUGAUAUCGAGAGGGAAUUCCGCAAGCAACCCAUGGGCAUCUACCUUAUCUGCAAAGACGGGGGAGAUGCUGGAGACCACGAAGAUAUUGGGAUCCAUGUGGAGGGCACUAUUGUCCUCGACAACAUUGCCAGUGAAGCACAGGCCUGUGUUUUCAUGUUUGCAAUAAUAUAUGUCAUGAACAUGGCAUAUCCAUGUGAGCUCAGGUACUUUUAUGAGUUUGUCCAGAAAGUGCUCAUGGAGAUGGAUCGGGAGCGAGUCUCCCCAAGAGUUUAUGGACUAAAACACAAAUUGGAUGCUGCGCUGUAAGUUUUUUUUUUGUUGUUGUUGUUUUUUUUUUGGGGGGGGGGAUUUCAAUUGCAGAGUUUCAGUUCAAGUUUAGAGAUACUUUGAGGGACUUUUUUAUUUAUUUUUUAUUAUUAUUACUAUGGGGAACAUUUCAGUUCAGAGUGCCCUCUCCACUGGGACUACAAUGUACACACAAGCCUUGCUGACCCUGCCUGGUUCAUCCCAACACAGGCCUGACCCGCACUGAAGAAAACGGGGUAAAAAUACAGUACAGUCCCAUUUCCCCCAGGUUGCUGCACAGCUGUGUAGGAGAGUGUAGACAUACAGGGAAGAGAGAGAGAGACGGUAGAGAGAGAGGAAGAGAGGGAUAAAGUAAGUAGGGAGAGAUGGAGUGAGUGAGUGGCAGAGUGUGAGGGAGAAAGUGUAAGUAAGUAGGGAGUGAGAGCGAUGGGAAGUGGGAGAAAGUAAGUAGGGAGAGAGAGUCAGGAGAGCUGUGAGGGGAUGUUCAGAAUGGAAGACGGGGCAAACGAGUCAAAGGAAAAAAGAGGAGCACAGUUCAGCACUUAAAGUUGAUGUCAAGUUGUCAUAGAUCAAGAUGUCAAUCAUGCUCCAGUGUUUUGUUUAAUAUGGAGGUUUUUUGUCACAAAAGUGAAAUAUCUUGGAAACAAAGUGAUUCUCUAAAACAAAGAUUGGAUGUUCUUGAUGUGUUUUUUCCCCCCCAAGAGAAAAUAAAGUUAACAUUGCCAGUA